CACCUCUGACUUCAUGCAUACUCCUAAUAAAAGUGUUUUCUUCUCGCCUCAGGUACAAGCCCGACUUGUUCGUGCACGCACAGGGGCUGAAAGCCAAUUAUCCAAUUAAGUGCGUUAGCGAAGGGGUUGUCCUUGGCGCGGCGUUUCCCCAAUUAGACAGGAACACGUGAAUUUGUAGCUCUACUUAGAGACGCGUAAACGGGACAUGCAUGUUUAACAGACGAGCCGUGAUACUGUUGGUGAGAAAAAAAAAAAAAAAAAAAAAAAAAGGAAAAGAAUCAUGCACGCGCUGGUGAACGCCUUCAUGCGCUGCCUCUCCUUCCUCUUUCCUCCUUCUUGGCUUUGUGUCAGCUUUUGCUUGUGGGUUGGGAGCGAGUGCGAUGAGACGCCGCCGCGGCCCAAUCCCAGAGCUCGUUUCAAAAGCAGAAAGCCUCUUACAUAUGAGGAAGUGGCAGCAGUAGCAGCGGCGGCGGCGGCGGCGCUAGAAACGCGAGGAGGCUGCUGCCCGUCGGUGUCGCCAGGUCCAGGCUGCGUGUCUCUGGCUGCUACAAGCCCCGCUGCUCCUCAGGGCCCUGCUUCGGGUCGGAUCUGGAUCGGGGGCCUCUGGCGAGCCGUGGAGCGCGUGCUUGGAGCCCCCUGGGUCUUCCUCCGCCAUCGGAACCGAGCAGCUUUACGCGCCCCGUCUCCUGCCCGUGCCUUCGAGCCGAGCGGGCUUCAGACCUUCCAGGGAGGCGCCGCUGCUGCUCCUGCUCCUCCUGCUGCUCCUGCUCCUCCUGCUCCUCCUGCUGCUGCAACCCAGGAAGAGAAGGGAGUCCGCGCGAGCACCGCGACUCGGUCGGGAAACAUGAGCGCGUCCGCGGGGAUCCCCUGCCUGAGCCCGCCGGAGUGCGCGUCCGAUGCGUCAGCGGCGCGGUGCAUCGAUGAAGUAAUCACCGUGGAGCAGCACACGCAGGAGAUGGCCACGGUGACGAUAACCGUGGCCAUCCAGGCGGCGGAGGACGAGGAACCCGAGGAAGCGCCGCACGCCCACAAUAAUGUUGACUUCCUCGGAGGCAGCUGUAGCGAGGACGAAAUGGGGAGACACGACAAAUCAAGCGGGGCCGGGACCAGUGGAGGUGAGCUGGAGGAGGAGAGCUGGCAGCCCCCGGACUCGGAGCUCAUCCAGAAGCUGGUCGCUCAGAUCGAGUACUACUUGUCGGAUGAGAACCUGGAGCACGACGCCUUCCUGCUCAAACACGUGCGACGCAACAAGCUGGGCUUCGUCAGCGUCAAGCUGCUCACGUCCUUCAAAAAGGUGAAGCACUUGACCCGCGACUGGAGGACGACCGCCUACGCCCUGAGGCACUCGAAGAUACUGGAGCUCAACGACGAGGGCCGCAAAGUCCGGCGCACGUCGGCCGUGCCGGUGUUCGCCAGCGAGUCGCUGCCGAGCCGCAUGCUGCUGCUCAGCGACCUGCAGAGGUGGCCGGAGCUGGCCGCGCUCGCCAAGGACAACGGGAACGCCGAGGGCGGGGCCACUCAGCAGGAGCAGCUGAUGAAGCUGCUGCUGAAGGCGUUCGGCGCGUACGGCGCCAUCGCCUCCGUCCGCGUCCUGAAGCCCGGCAAGGACCUGCCGGCCGACCUGAAGCGGCUGAGCAGCCGCUACGGCCAGCUGGGCAGCGAGGAGUGCGCCAUCGUGGAGUUCGAGGAGGUGGAGGCGGCGGUCAAGGCCAACGAGGCGGUGGGCGGCGAGGACGGAGGGGCCGGCGCGCUGGGGCUGAGGGUGGUGCUGAUCGGCACCAAGCCGCCCAAGAAGAAGGUGGCGAAGGAGCGGCCGCGCGAGGAGGGCGGCGGCGGCGGCAUGCGCAAGAGCCGCUCGCUCAACAGCCGCGUGCGGGAGCUGCAGUACCACGGCGAGGACUCCGCCUGCAGCUCCUCGGAGACCGAGAGCACCCCCACGUCCCCCCGGCUGGCCAGGAAGUCGCAGUCCUGCAACAAGCUCAGCCCCACCGCCGCCGGCGUGGGCUUCCAGAACAAUCACCUGAGCCCCAGCAUGUCCCCGCGGAACAGCCCCUGGUCCAGCCCUCGCGGCAGCCCCUGCCCCCAGCGCAAAGCCCCCCCCUCCCACAAGUCCCCGCUGGCCAGCGAGGGCCGGCUGAGCCCCGAGCCCGGGCGCCGCUGGGCGGACUACUCGUCGGACAGCAGCCUCACGCCGUGCGGGAGCCCGUGGGUGCAGCGGCGCAAGCAGGUGGCGUCGCAGGAGAGCAGCCCGGUGGGCAGCCCCAUGCUCGGCCGCAAGAUCCAGAACGCCGACGGCCUGCCGCCGGGGGUGACGAGGCUGCCGAGGGGCCCGGACGGGACCCGCGGCUUCCACGCGGCCGGCGCUGGGGGCGGCGGCGAGAGGGGGAAGGCCGCCUCCACGCAGACUUGAUGAGCCCGACGUCCCUGCGCAUCCGUCGGCCCCCGUGAGAGAAUGAUCCAGUGCAAAUCGGAGCUGCUGGCGCUGCCGCUCAGCCCCCACCCCACCCGAGACUGUGUAGAUAUAUUUUUGUUCAGUUUUCAGUCGGUUAUAUUUUUAUACGAUGUUUUGAGUUACCAUGGUAACAUUAGUGUUUGGACUAAUGGGAAUUUGGGUGAAUGGAAGUUGAUAUUGCUUUGAGAGAGAUCUUUGCAAAUGCCGCUGACCGUGUCACCUCCAUCGCUGUUGAAACUUUGUCUACAUGGGGUGGGUCAUUUUUUCUUUUUUCUAUUCUUUUAUUAUUUUUUUUAUUGAAAGUGUCCUGUUUUGUGUGAUAAAGCUCACAACUGUGUGUGCGAGAAUGGUGUGAGGGCAUAGACGCGUGGAGCUCACAGCGAUUUCACCAUAUGCCUUUUCUGUAUUCGUCUACUGUGAGUCUGAUUUUUACAUGGUCUUUGAACUGAGGCCAUAACUGCUCCACUGCCAUAAAGGUAAACAUGGACAUGAUGCUUUUUAGUUUUUUAUUUAGCCUUUUUGUUUUGUUUUAAAUUUUUUUUCAAUUACCUUUGGCACUUGAUUGGAAAGGGUCUCUUCUCGCCCUGUAAAUGUUACUUAGUUUUGCAAGUAGCUUCUUUUUUUUUUUUUUUUUUUUUUUUUUUUUUUUUUUUUUUUUUUUGCAGCUUUUAUUUAAAUUCUUUUUUCUGGGCGUAUGGUUCCAUCAGUCUAUUUCCACAGUGAGGUUUGGGGGAUGUUCAGGUCAGGCAAGAAUAAGUUUUUUUUUUUUUUUUUUUUUUUUUUUUUUUUGUUGUUCAUGCCUUUAAAUCUGAGCUUGGGGUGUUUGUACAGUGCAGUUCCUGUUGUACAAAUAAAUCACUGAAAUUGCA